AUGGGAAGAAUAUGUACCGAGAUCGAGGAAAAUAAUAUGGAAUUCUUCAGAGUUAUUUGCGAUAAUUUGAAAAUAGAAACUUUCGAACAAUUCGAAUACAUUGCAAAACAAGUUUUCGUGAAUGACGACGAAGACCACAACGACGAUGACAACAACAACAACAACAACAACAUGUUCGUUACGUGGGGUAGAAUCGCCACCCUGUUGACAUUCUGCGGAAAGAUGGGCGAGCAGGGCAAUGCCAACGUACCUUGCUGGACCGUACGUUUCGUCGAUCGGUAUCUGGAAGAUUGGAUUAAGCGUCACGAUGGAUGGGACGGAUUCGUUGAUUUCUUUUCUCCAACACCGAUGCCCGUAUCGAAACCGAUGAUCGUCGGUUUGGGAAUUAUUGGACUGUUGUGCAUAAUCACCAUGUUGAAAAAUAAAUAA